CAUUGGCAGAAGAGCACUCAACAACCGCCUGAGCCAAUGCGCAGAUGGAAGCAGAUGACGUCGAUGCGACUUCUCCUCCCUGCGCUCCUAGGACGCAUCUGGAGAGUGAGGUUCCUAUCGCACCCCUCUGCGGCCCGGCUGCCCUAUGUGCAUUCCGCAGCUGCUCCUGCUGAUGGUGGUGAUCCUGAUGCUUCCUGACGCCGCCAGACCUCAGCCCUUCUCCCCAACCCAGGCUCUGCCCACCUCCCUGGGGCCAGUGACGCCCGAAGUGGCUACUGCAGCUCCACCGGACUGGUCUGAGGCCCCUACUCCCGGGACCCCGUCGAUGCCCGAGAACGUGACCACAGACCCCUUCCCAGCCUUGCCGAUCUGCGUCUGUGACUUGACUCCUGGUACCUGCGAUUUAAACUGCUGCUGUGACAAGGACUGCGAUCUUCUCCAUCCCAGGACCGUCUUUUCCUUCUGCCUGCCUGGUAGUGUAAGAUCUUCCAGCUGGGUGUGUGUCGACAACUCUCUUAUCUUCAGGAGCAACUCCCCAUUUCCUUCCAGAGUUUUCACGGAUUCCAGUGGAAUUACACAGUUUUGUGUCCGUGUGAACAACUCAAAACUAAAUUAUUUCCAGAAGCUCCAAACAGUCAAUGCAACCAACUUCGAGGCCCUGGCUGCAGAGUUUGGAGGCCAGUACUUUACUUUGACAUCGAAAGCCCAGCCGCCAUUAGCGUUUUACAGGGUGAGCCUGGAGAAAGGGGUGGGAGAGUCUGGUUUUCCUGACGGUGCAGUUGGCAGUGUAACUUUGCAGUACCCCUCCUACAGUGAGAUUAACCAUUCUCAACUCUUAGGGGACAGUAAGCAAGCCACCAAGUUAACUUUUGUUUCUGCUUCCUUUUCCUGGGCUGUUCAGUCUAACCUGGCCGUGAGUAAAUUUGUCCUCUAUUUUAUUCAGGCUGGGGAUCCCAUCCUGACUUACUACCCCCGCUGGUCUGUCGUGAGCUUACUGAGGCAGCCUGCUGCAGUGGGAGCUGGGGGGUUUUGUGCUGAGAGCAAUCCUGCAGCCUUCCUGGAGAGGAAAAGCACAACCUGCACUCGCUUCUUCAGGGACCUGGCCAGUAGCUGCACCUCGGAGCCAGCCCUGGACGCUGCCACUUACCACAACUUCAGAGUCUUGAAGGUUCCAAGAGGUAUGACUGAUCUUCAGAAUACACAGCUCCAGGUUCCUGUAACACUUACCUCACAAACCAGUCCUCCUCUGUUAGCUGGAAACACGUGUCAGAAUAUAGUUUCCCAGGUCAUCUAUGAGAUAGAGACCAAUGGGACCUUUGGGAUCCAGAAAGUGUCUGUGAGCUUUAGACAGACCAGCCUGACUGUCAGGCCAGGUGCUUCCUUACAACAAGACUUCAUCAUUCACUUCAGGGCAUUUGAACAACCCAUGGCUGCUUUUCCUACUCCUAGAAGUGGGAAUCCCGGCUACCUCAUCGGGAAGCCACUUUUGGCGCUAACUGAUGACUUUGGACACUCGAUGACCCUGUUGCAGAGCAACGGUAAUGGACUUUGCUCUGAUAAGAGACAUGAAAUACAGUUUGGAGUGAACACAGUAUCUGGCUGCAAGUUAAGACCCACAGAGGUGAACUGCAGCCAUUUGCAGAGGGAGAUUUACCAGGCUCUUCAUGGAAGGCCCAGACCAGAGUACGUCGCCAUCUUUGGUAAUGCUGACCCAGCCCAGAAAGGAGGGUGGACCAGGAUCCUCAGCAGGAACUGCAGUGUUUCAGCUGUUAACUGCACUUCCUGCUGUUUCAUACCAGUUUCCCUGGAGAUCCAGGUGUUGUGGGCACAUAUAGGACUUCAGUCUAACCCACAAGCUCAUGUGGCAGGAGCCCGGUUCCUGUACCAAUGCAAGUCUGUACAGGAGCACCAGAGAGGGAUAGAAGUAUCUUUGACAACUCUUGUGAACUUUGUGGACAUUACUCAGAAGCCAGUGCCACCACGGGAUCAACCUAGAACGGACUGGAAACUGCCGUUUGAUUUCUUCUAUCCUUUCAAAGUGGCAUUCAGCAGAGGGGCCAAUGUUCAGAACUCAGCCCCUCCCGUGCUCAUCUUGUGCAUCUUUCUGCUUGGAGUUCUCAACUCAGAGACUAAGUGAAAACGGAAAAUAAUCAGGUUUCAUUUUUCCCUAUGGGAAAUUCUAA